AUCAGCCUACUGGACCCCAAGCGCAGCAUGAACAUCAACAUCUACCUGAAGCAGUUCAGGAAAAGCAAUGAAGCAAUUGUUGAUCUAAUCAAAAAAGGUGAAGGACGCAGCUUUGGAGUGGAGAAGUUAAAAGGGCUAAUUAAAUUACUGCCCCAACUGGAUGAGAUUGAGCUAAUUCAGAACUAUGAUGGAGAUCCUGAGAAACUUGGCAAUGCUGAGAAUUUCUUCCUAAAGUUGUUGUCACUUCCCAAUUACCAGCUUCGGCUUGAGCUCAUGCUGCUGAAGUCUGAUUUCCAAAGCCAGCUCUCCAAUGUGAGAUCAAAUUUAUUGCUGCUGACUAGCAUCUGUCGCGGUCUCUAUGACAACAAGGGACUGAAAACGUUCUUGCGUCUAGUGCUGCAUGCUGGGAAUUUCAUCAAUAAGGGCAGCAAUGUUGGAGAUGCUGUUGGAUUUAGAAUAAGUUCACUUAACAAGCUGGUUCUGACCAAGUCAAACGACCCCAAAAUGUCCCUUCUGCAUGUUCUGGUCGAAGAAACAGAGGCAAAAGAUAAGCAUGCCUUGGAGUUUGUGGAUGAGAUGCAGGAUGACCUUCACAAGGCUUCCAGAUUUUCUUUGGAAGCUGUAAAAACAGAGUUUAUCCAGAUUAAGAAUACAGUGAAGAGACUGCAAGCACAGCUGGCAGCAAGUGCAGAUGAGGAAAUUAAGUCUCAGUUUGGAGAAUUCCUAGAGCAGACGCCAAAAUUGUUGACAACCUGGUAA